CGUGUGACGUCAGCAGCGCGCCGGGCGGACGUUGCCAUGGAGGCGGCAGACGAGUGGCUGCUGCAGUCGCUGCGACUGUACCGUGACCUGCACACCUUCGAGCUCCAGGCGCCCACCCGUCUCAUCGAAUGGGCCCGCGGGAACCGUGUCUGUGUAGCCGGGUAUGGACAGUCUCAUGGGAAUGAGAUCCUGCAGCUGAUUCCACCGCCAACACUGCUGACAAAGGAGACCCAGGGCCUGUGUCCAGAGAGAGAUUUCAAGGUAGAAUGUGGUGGAUUUUCAGAGCGUCCAGUGUACAGCCUGAAAUAUGUGCCGGACACCAGCUUGCUGGUAACAAGUGGCCCACCCGACAACUCCCUCCAGGUCUGGCAGGUGUCAGCAGAGGACUCUGAUGUUAUUAAAUCUGUAAGCACCAUAGCAACAGAAAAUGACACUGGGCAGUCCUGGGCUAAAAUUGCCACCAUUUCAGCCAGAGCCCCAUGGGUCCUUCACGGCUCAAGACUUGACAGAGUCCAAAUUACAGAGGUUGAAUCAAGGAAAAAUGUCUACACGACAGGUAUUCAAGCUUCCAGAGGCAGCGAGGAGCUCAGCGGCCUGGCCUUCCUGGACUGCAACACGCUGCUUCUGUGCUGCGCCACAGGCCGGCUGUGCCUGGCUGACAUCCGGCAGCCACAGCGUCUGACGGAGGCCACAUCAGUGCCCUCGGCACCGUGCAGUGAGCAGUGGUGCAUGGGCAGCAGGCAUGGAGCUCAGGGCUUGGAGACGAGCUCCCAGCCCGUGGCUCGCCUUUCGAGCAGGGGGCUCCUAAUCCUGACAGACCUCAGGAAAACCUCUGAGUUUUUGGCCUUGGUGAAGACCAGAGUCCCCUCUCCUGGUUCAGGAGCAGAGUUCCUGUGCGUCUCCUGGGCUCCUGCUCUGGAAGGCUACCUUGCCAUUUCAGGUUUCGAUGGCACCGUGCAUGUCUAUGACACACAAAGCUGGGACAGCUCUGGCAGGGAAGCAGAGCCCGUCUUCAUUCACAAAGGCCACGCAUUUGGCGGAGCAGGUGGCAGCGGGGACUCUCCCCUGGUCACUGUGCACACAUGGCAUCUGCAGAAACCCAGAACUCUGUUGUCAGCAGCGAGUGAUGGCUCCUUGCAUGUCUGGGACUGGGUUCAGCCUUGUGGGAAGUGUGGGUAAGGUGGUGUUUUGGUGAGAUGGGGCAUUUCCUGCCUCUGCUCUAGUUUGUGUGGGCUGCAGGGUGUGUGUGCCUGCAGAUACUGUUUGGAGUCUGUUGCAGUGAGCAGAACUGUAAAAUUUCUAUUUUAAUAAUAGUAAAAAUUUUGGCUAUGUUAAUUGUUCA